GUUCUUUCUUCCUCCCAAACAAAUACUCUUUCUUUCGACAUUGAAACCAGAUUCGGUUCUGGCUAUUUGUAUUCGUGGGAAGGUUUCACGUAAUUCCACCCUCCCGCCAAUUCCCUUGCAUUGAUUCUUAGCUAGGACAUCGCCGAACCGCUUUCUAUUGCUCAAUCGUCCACUUUAGACGAGACUCAAUUUAUGAAGAAUCCCUUUCUCCCUCCUUGUUAAGUAUACUCCGGUGGUGUUUGUUGGGUUUCAAAAACUUGAAGCAGCAGUGGUUUAUAGGUUCCGGUUGUUUUAUCCGUUGGAUGGUUAUAGUCUGCGGAAAUCGGUAUCGGUUUAUGAUCCGGAGUUUGGUAUAGCUAACAACGUAACGUAAUUAUUAGAGAGAAAUAUUUGAAUACGACAAAGGAAGAAUUCUUCUAAAAUGGAGGUUGAGGAAUCCCCAAUUCCUCCCAAUCACAAGCUAUGCGGAUUCCUCACAACAGUCCUGUCAUCAGUCCAUCCCGAAUCAAAAACCCUAGAAUUCGGCACUCGUCUUGAAUUAUUCUCUCAGAAAUCCGACGUCGGAUUUAAAUCCAAUGCCGGUGUCAUUCUCUCUCCGAUUCCUUAUUCUGGCGGCAUUCGCUUUGAUGAUGAUUGUUUGAAUUCGACAACGACGACAACGGGGAAGAAGACAAAGAAAAGGAAGAAAGGUAGUAAUGUGAAGAGUCCGAAGAAGGUUGGGAAUGUGCAAGGGAAUGGAAUUGUGAGUGUGAUUCAUCAAUUGAAGACAUUGUUGAAGCAGAAGUGCUUGGAGAUUGUUACCAGAGUUGUUGGAAUUUCUAUUGGGGAAGGAGAUAGUGAAAUUAGGGUUGCGGUUUUGGUUGAUGUGUAUCUUCCGAUCACAUUGAAGUUAGGUUGGCAGUUCCCUAAGUCUGCUACUACUGCUGCAUCCGUCUUUCGCCAUUUGAGUUGCCAAUGGUUGAAACGAACUUUAGUCCUGAAGGUUGGAUAUCAUAAAGAUAUGAUCGGAGACAAUAAGGGUUUAUGGAAUCUAGCUGACUGUCAUGUUCUUGGGUGUAAGCAGCAUUCUGAUAUUUCUGAUUCUUCAAAGAAAAAGGGAUUUGAACUUCACGAUAUUUUUAAGAGCUUACCUAGCUUGUCUGGAGAUGUGAAGUCUUUUUGUUCAAGAAUAAUGCCGGAGGAAAACGUUUCUGUAUCUGGCAUUUGGGAUUUAACAGAUGAUAUUAUGCAAAAAAUUAUAUCUUGUCUCUGUCCGGUGGAUAUUAUGAGGGUUUCUGCUACAUGUCUUCAUCUGAGGCUCUUGUCUGUAUCGAUUAUGCCAUGUAUAAAGCUCAAGCUUUUUCCACAUCAGCAAGCUGCUGUUGAGUGGAUGGUGCAACGAGAGCGGAAAGUUGCUACUUUACAUCAUCCUCUGUAUUUAGAAUUCUUGACUGAAGAUGGGUUUGAUUUCUGCGUUAAUAUUGUAUCUGGUGAAAUAGUCACGGGAACAGCUCCAACAAUCAAGGAUUUCCGUGGUGGAAUGUUUUGUGAUGAGCCCGGACUUGGUAAAACUAUUACAGCUCUUUCACUUAUUCUGAAGACCCAAGGAACACUGGCGGACCCACCAGAAGGUGCUGAAACAAUUUGGUGCUCACAUAAUGGUGAUCAGAAAUAUGGAUACUAUGAGUGCAGUAGUGGCAGUAGAUACACUGGUGUGGCUACCCCAUUCUCAGGACAAAAAUGUGCUAGUCAGAGUGAUAGAAGGUCCCAGUUUUCUCCUGACGAGCUGAUUCCAGAGGAUCAAUUUACGCCAAAGAGGACAAGUUCUCGUGGGAAGAGUACAUCAUCCAUGUCUUCUUGUCCGGAAAGACUAACUCUACCAUCAUCUGCACUUUCUCCCCUGACGCCUGAAUCUACUUUAGUUCCCUGCGCCAGGAGCUUGAACCGUGUUAAGAGAAAUCUUACGCGUACAUAUGAAAGAACUUCCAGAAAUCUUGAAGAAAAUAAUACAGGUUCGAGCAAACGAUCUAGAAAUCGAUACCCAUCUCCAUCUCCAUUGGCUAGCAAGAGGCGGAGGAAGGAUUUGGGAGAUCAGUCUGUGGUAUAUAAUGAAACUUGGAUUCAGUGUGAUGCUUGUCAGAAAUGGCGUAGGCUUUUUGAUGACAGUUUAGCUGAUUCAACAACUGCAUGGUUUUGUAGUUUGAACACUGAUCCCUUGUACAAGAAUUGUGAUGCUCCUGAAGAGUCAUGGGAUUACCGCCAACCUGUUACUUAUUUACCUGGAUUUCACAGAAAAGAAACUCCCGGAGAACUGCCUCAAAAUGUGGAAUUUUUCACUAGUGUGCUAAAGGAGCAUUAUACUUUACUCAACUGUCAGACCAAGAAGUCUUUAAAAUGGCUUGCUAAACUUCCAUAUGACAAACUGUUGGAAAUAGAGACAGUUGGAUUGGUUCGUCCUGGUCAGGUGACUACGAAAGAGGCUAAUGGAUUCAAUAAAAUAUUUCAAGCAUUUGGCUUUAUGAGGAGGGUGGAGCAGGGUGUUAGUCGGUGGUUUUAUCCAAAAACCCUAAAAAAUCUGAUCUUUGAUUCACCUGCUCUCCGAAUUGCUCUUUGCGAGCGGUUAGACUCAUUCAGGAUGUACUUGUCACGGGCAACACUCAUCGUCGUUCCAUCAAAUUUGGUUGAUCACUGGAAUUCACAGAUCCAGAAGCAUGUGAAACCUGAGCAAUUGCGCGUUUAUGUCUGGACGGAUCAUAAGAUAAAGAAGCCUUCUGUUCACAAUCUUGCGUGGCAUUAUGAUGUUGUCAUAACAACCUUUAGCCGGCUUAGUGCUGAGUGGAAACCUCACAAGAGAAGUGUCUUGAUGCAAAUUCACUGGAUGAGGCUCAUGCUAGAUGAGGGACACACUCUAGGAAGCAUAAACCUGACUAAUAAAAUGCAAAUGGCAGUUUCACUGAGUGCUUCAAAUCGUUGGAUUUUAACAGGAACUCCUAUUCCAAAUACUCCCAGUAGUCAGGUUUCUCAGAUUCAACCUAUGUUGAAAUUUCUUCAUGAUGAAGUAUAUGGAGAAAGUCACAAGAGCUGGGAAACUGGUAUCCUGAAGCCUUUUGAAGCACAGAUGGAGGAGGGUAAAUUUCGUUUAUUACAAUUACUAGAGAGGUGCAUGAUUACUGCUAGGAAAGCAGACUUACGAUGCAUUCCUCCCUGUAUCAAGAAAACAACCUGUGUUGAUUUUACAGAGGAACAUGCAAAAACGUAUAACGAACUCGUUGUUACAGUUCGGCGUAACAUUUUGAUGGCUGAUUGGAAUGAUCCUUCUCAUGUAGAAAGUUUGCUCAACCCAAAACAAUGGAAAUCCAGGACCAGCACCAUCAAUAAUGUCAGGCUUUCUUGUUGUGUGGCUGGAAAUAUUAAAGUAUCACAUUUUGGUAAGGAUAUUCAAGAAACAAUGGAUAUCUUAGUCCAAAAGGGUUUGGAUCCUCUUUCGGCGGAGCAUGCUCUUGUAAGAUACUAUCUUUCUUAUGGUGGUAACUGCCAGAGAUGUAAAGAAUGGUGCCGCCUACCUAUUGUUACACCAUGUAGGCAUCUUUUGUGCCUUGAUUGUGUUGCUUUGGAUAGUGAAAGAUGUGUACUUCCUGGUUGCGGUCAUUCCUAUGAGAUGGAGAGUCCUGGAGUACGGAGAAGACAAGAAAACCCAAAUCCUAAGUGGCCUGUCCCAAAAGAUCUAAUUGAGUUACAACCAUCAUAUACGCAGGAUAGUUGGGAUCCAGACUGGCAAUCAACUUCCAGUAGUAAAGUCACGUAUCUUGUUCAGAGGCUUAAAGAAAUUCAGGUUGCUAGAGGUAAAAAAGAUAGCUCAAUGGGCGAGGGGAAUUAUGCAGAAAGACCUUAUAACAUCAUUUUUACUCAAGAACCAUGUUGCAAGCCAAGGAUUGAUUCUUCCGAGGCCCUUCCUGAGAAAGUUCUCAUAUUUUCUCAGUUUCUUUUCCACAUAUUUGUAAUUGAACAGCAGCUGGCUAUUGCUGAUAUCAAAUUUGCUGGAAUGUAUAGCCCUAUGAAUGCCGUUAAUAAGAAGAAGGCGCUCACCAUCUUUCAAGAUGAUCCAAGCUGUAUGGCGCUUGUGAUGGAUGGAAGUGCUGCACUAGGUCUAGAUUUGAGCUUUGUUACCCAUGUGUUUCUAAUGGAGCCAAUUUGGGAUCAAAGUUUGGAGGAACAAGUGAUUAGUCGUGCUCAUCGUAUGGGUGCAGUGCGUCCCAUUCAUGUUGAGACCUUAGCGAUGCGUGGUACUAUUGAAGAGCAAAUGCUGGAGUUCUUGCAGAAUGUUGAUGAGUAUAGAAGGUUGUGGAAUGUAGAUGAUGAGAAAACUGAACAAGAAGGAGCUCGGGCACACAAAUCGUUACAUGAUUUUGCUGAGAAAACUUAUUUGGUUCGCCUGAGCAUGGUGCGAACAAAGGCAUAAUGCCAUAAAUGUGCAUAUGCCCGACUCCAAAUAUUUCAGUGUUAAAGGAGAAAGGAUCUUGGCUAUUGUUUCAGAGUUAAUUGAAUAUAUUUUUUAGAACAUAUUUGAAAUUUCAGUUAGGUUUUGAAUUUAUUUAUUUUUUGCAUAUACACGACCUGUAUAGAUUUAUAGAUGGUCCUUGAGGAUUUUUUUUCGCAGGAUUUUGAUUCUUUUUCAGAGCAUAAUGAAUUUCAUUAUGAUACUUUGAUUAAUUGAUUCGUCUAGGAGUAAGUUUUUGGUAGGUUUUAUAGGUCAUUCAGCUAGUUUAGAUAGAUAUAGAAUGGGUACAAUGUAAAUAAUAUGGCCCUCUGUUAUUCUUUUAUUGAAAAUAAUUUUGUUGAAUUAUACAUUUA